AUGAAGAAUUUUAUCAUUAUUUUUUUACUUGUCUCUUCAUUUCAAUUUUCAACAUCAACAGAAGGAGAAAUUUUAAUUAAUUAUAAUAUAAGAAAUAACAAUAAUGAUGAUUUACAAGAAUUAGAAAAUUAUGAAACUGAAGUUGAUCCUAAUGAUCAUGUUAAUAUUGAAUUAUGGAAUAAAUUAAAUGAAGAAGAUAUGAAACAGAUGCCAGAAAUUAAUGAUUAUUCAAAUGAAAUUAUUGCACAAGAAUGGUUAAAACGGUAUCUUCGCAUAGCAGAACGAUAUAGUCAAAUAAAUAUUCUUCUCGAAUGGAAUUAUGAUACAAAUAUUACUGAAGAAAAUCAAAAAGUAAUAACAGCUCAAAGUCUUAUUACAGCACAAUUUAGUCGUUUAGUAUUACCAAUAGCAAAAAAAUUUAAUGAAUAUAUGAAAUAUUCAAAAAAUGAUGAUUUAAAACGUAUAUUUGGUCGUUUAGCAUCAAGUAUAUUUAGUAAUAAUGAUGAUGAUGUAAGAAAAACUUCUGAAUUAUAUGGUCAAUUAGGAGAUCUUUAUUCAACAACAAAAGUUUGUGAAUUAAACGAUGAUAAAAAAUGUUAUACACUUGCACCAUAUUUAGAACGAUUAAUGCAAAUUGAAAAAGAUUAUGAUCGUUUAAUAUGGGCAUGGAAAGGUUGGCAUGAUGAAUCUGGAAAUAAAAUUCGUCCAAUUUAUUUAUCUUAUAUUGAUUUAUUGACUAAAGAUGCUAAAGAAAAUGCAUACGAUGAUUUAGUUGAAUAUUGGAUUCAAGAUUAUGAAAUGGGUAAUGUUACCGAAUUUGAAGGUAUUAUUGAUCAAAUCUUAAAAGAUACUAUGCCAUUAUAUGAACAAUUACAUGCAUAUGUUCGAGGUCGUUUAUGUUCAAUGUAUCAAAAUCGUUUUAAUUGUAGUGGACCUAUUCCAGCUCAUAUUCUCGGAAAUAUGUGGGCUCAAACAUGGAAUGAUCGUUUUGAUGAUGUUAUUCCUUAUCCUGAUGCUCCACUUCUUAAUAUGACAGAAGUAUUAAUUGAAAAGAAUUAUUCUGUUCAUCAAUUGUUUACAAUAGCUGAAUCAUUUUUUACAUCAAUUAGUCUUUAUCCAAUGACGCCAAAAUUUCGGGCUCGUAGUAUGUUUGAAAAACCAACUGAUCGUGAUGUUAUUUGUCAUGCAGCUGCAUACGAUAUGGGAUAUCAUGAUGAUUAUCGUGUAAGAAUGUGUACUGAAAUUAAUGAUGAUCAUUUUUAUACAAUUCAUCAUGAAUUGGGUCAUGUAGAAUAUUUUAUGGCUUAUGGUAAAAAUCAACCAUAUAUUUAUCGAAGUGGAGCUAAUGCAGGCUUUCAUGAAGCUAUUGGAGAUAUUAUUGGUACGUUUGCAGUUUCACCGGCACAUUUAAUAAAAUUGGGUUUUCUUGAUGAAAAAGAUGUGAAUUCUCAUUAUGAAAUCAAUUUUCUAUUACGUUUAGCUUUACAAAAAGUUGCUUUUCUGCCAUUUGGUUAUGUUAUGGAUAAAUAUCGAUGUUUACUUUUUCGUGAUCAAAUUGAUCGUGAACAAGAAUUAAAUUCUCAAUGGUGGGCACUACGUAUUAAGCAUGGCGGUAUAAUGGCAGCUGUACCUCGAAAUGAUAAAAUAAAUUUUGAUGCCGGUGCAAAAUAUCAUAUACCAUCAAAUGUUCCUUAUUUAAGAUAUUUUAUUGCUCAUAUUCUUCAAUUUCAAAUUUAUCGUGCUAUGUGUCGAUUACAUGGUGUAACAGAACAAUUACAUAUGUGUGAUAUAUAUGGAAAUGAAUAUGUUGGAGAAAAAUUUAAGGAAAUGUUAGCUAUGGGAAAUUCAAAACCAUGGUCAGAAAUUUUAGAGAGUUUAACAGGAGAAAAUAAAUUAGAACCACAAGCUAUGUUGGAUUUUUUUCAACCAUUAUAUAAUUGGUUAAAAACAGAAAACGUAGCAAGAGGUUAUCCAGUUGGAUGGAUGUAA